CGGGGGGCCGCGGCGAGGCCCUGAAGGCUGCGGGACUGACCCGGGCCCCGACCCCUGACCGCAGGCUUACCCCAUGCCAGCUCCCUGUCCGACAGGCAUCUCUCUGCCCGCGGCCGUGCCGGAGCGCAGCGAGACCCACGCGGCGCGCCCCGACUUGAGCUGGGCUUGGCACUGCCCCGGCGCCAGUGACAGCGCUCCGAGCGGCCUCCCCGGAGGAUGGAAGAGAAAAGAAUGCUGCCCGACUUCUUUGAAGAGGAGAACCUUACCAGUUCCAGGGAGGAGAGCAUUAAAGGUGAUUUGAAAACGUUUUGGACACAAUUGGGAAGUAGAAGAGUGGAUGUCAUAUUUGAGCAGGUGCAAAAUGUGCUGCUGUUGCUAAAGGAAAAGAUCAAGAAUGGAACUGCCACAAACCAAGAAUGCUGGCAGGCUUGGGCACUGGUGAAUGAAGCUAAUCUAAGUGAUCUCUUAACUUUGACAAACGUAAGCGAUGGGUUUGAUGGAGAUGGAGUACAGGAAACCGAACCCAAAUUGCAGCAUCUUCUUGCAGAUGACAACACUGCAAAUGCUGUAGAAGGUUCUGACAGUAACAGGAAAGAGGAGAUGGAAAGAACGUGGUCCGGGACUAAAAAAGCAUCUAGCGAAAUUCAACACUUACCUUUAAACCUACAGUAUCAGAACCACAAGUGCUCUAGUGCAUGUCUUGCCAAGAGAGCAGCGGGCUUCUACAAGGGUGAAAACCCUCUGAAGAUGCCAAUGCUGUUUCACUUUCAAAGACGGCACGCAAAAGCAGACUGCCUUUCGAAAUCACUGGAUGUGAAUUACAAAGCUCCUUGCGGUCGGAGUCUGAGAAGUUUUCGAGAUGUGCGAAAUUAUUUGUUUGAAACAAAGUGCAAUUUCUUAUUUGUUGAUCACUUUUCCUUCAACACAUAUGUACUGUUGGGCAGGAACACCAUGAAUCCCGAACCCCUUGUGUUUGACUUUGAUAUUAGCAACGGAGCCGAGUCUGUGCCCAUCUCCUUCUGUAACAAUCUUGACCGCGCAAGGUUACCUUAUUUCAAAUAUCGGAAGUCAUCGUGGCCACGUGGAUAUUAUCUCAACAACUUCUCCAGCCUGUUUGUGGAUUCAUGUGACUGCACAGAUGGCUGCAUUGAUAGGUCAAAAUGUGCAUGCCUACAGCUAACUGCAAGAGGCUGUAGUAAAACUUCUCUAUCUUCAGGUAGUAAAAGAUGCCGUGGAUACCGUUACAAAAGACUGGAGGGACCUGUUCCUAGUGGAAUUUACGAGUGCAGUGUGUUAUGCAGGUGUGACAAGUUGAUGUGUCAGAACAGAGUUGUACAGCACGGCAUUCAAGUCAGGUUGCAAGUGUUCAACACUGAAAAGAAAGGCUGGGGUGUCCGCUGCCUGGAUGAUAUCGACAAGGGGACCUUUGUUUGUACCUACUCAGGCAGAUUAAUGAGCAGAGCUGAAGUAUUGGGAGAUGCUGGUCAAGAGCUGAAAGAAAGGAGUGCUCUGAAUGACAGAAACCAUGGGUUUUUUUCCAAAAAAAGAAAACUUGACACUGAUUGUUCAAAUUCAGUCAUUGAACUAGUGCAGACUGGUAAACAUGACAUUCUUGAGAAUAAGGAAUCUUUGUCUCAAACUGUGGAUAGUGAAAAUAAAUCAACCCUGGUUCAUCCAGAGAACUCGAGUAUUGCAACCACAAGGCCUGGAAGAACAGGGUUUUUUCACAAUCACCAGCUAAAAAUGGUGCACAGUGCCAGCUCAGAUGAAGAUAAUAGUUCUCAGAUUCAUCAGUCAAGCAAAACAAAAGUAAACAGUGGAACAAAGAAAGGAAAAGAAAAAUCCACCGAGGAGCAGAAGGAAGACCAUCCGAUGGAAAUUGGACAGACUGAGUCUGUUGGUGUGGACAGUGCGAGAUGCAAAAGAAAGAGUCUCUCACUGCAGGGUGUUGAUUGGGGCAAGUCAGGUGUGCUGGAUGACACGUGUGUUGCGAGGCCAUCCAAUAAUAUACCCCUAAAAGCUGACUGCAAAGAGGAAAAUAGCAGGCAGUCAAGUCAAGAUGCAUUUUGUGAGGAGGCUGAUGGAGAUGGGAUGCUUCCGAAGAAUGCUAGUGAAGAAAAUAUUUAUGUACUGGAUGCCACAAAAGAAGGAAAUGUGGGUCGUUUUCUAAAUCACAGCUGCUGCCCAAAUCUCUUUGCACAAAGCGUGUUUGUAGAGACUCACAACAGAAGUUUUCCAUGGGUGGCAUUCUUCACAAACAGACAUGUGAAAGCUGGAACCGAACUCACGUGGGAUUAUGGCUAUGAAGCUGGAAGCAUGCCAGAGACAGAAAUUUCCUGUCAGUGUGGAGUUCAGAAGUGCAGGAAAAAAAUCUUAUUUCUUCCUGCUCUAGGUGCUUUCUGGAUAAUGGCGAAGAUGGUGAGAAGAACAUGUGCCUUUUGUUCAGAAGGGGCGGCUGGUUCUGUAAUGUAUGUUGCCAAAGAGAGCGAUAUUGCAGCUCAUCAGGAUUGUCUGUUAUUUUCCUCAGGAUUUGUGGAAUCUGAAGAGUAUAACGCAGAAAAUCUGGAUAUAAGGUUUGAUGUGGCAUCAGUGUUGAAAGAGCUCAGGAGAGGAAAGCGGCUGGUGUGCAACUUCUGCCGCAAGAAAGGAGCCACUGUGGGCUGUGAGGAGAGAACCUGCCGCAGGAGCUACCACUACUACUGCGCGCUCUGCGACGACGCAGCCAUAGAAACCGACCAAGUGAAGGGAGUCUACCGAGUGUUCUGCCCAAAACAUGACCCAAGCAAUAGGACCAGUCACUAUGGUGCAGCUAAUAAGAAGAGAAGAUAUACAUUGUCAUCUCCUGCCAUCACAGAAGAAAUGAAAACAGAAGAGAAAGCAGAAGAAAACCAUUUCCAAACACUAAAAAGAAAAAACAACAGGCAUAAAGUCCAGAUAGACCUUGUAAGGAAAUGCAAACAGGCUGGGCUUCUAGAUGACAUAUUUGAAGAAAUGCUGGACACACUUCACCUGGCACAGGAAAAACUAAUGGAUGACAACACUUCAGAAACAGAAUAUGAAGAGACAGUAAUGGCACUGUUUGACUGUGGACUGUUUGAAAAUAUACUGACAAAUAUUCAUUCAGGAAAAUGGAAGCAACAGAGAGAAGCAGAAAUGCAGUCAGGCAGAGCUUUGCAAAUAAGGAACAGAAGAAAAAAUACAAGAACUUCUAGAAAACAGAAAAAGACUGGAUCACAAGAUAGAGCUACUGCAGGACUUAAAAGAAGUCCUUCCUACCCCAGAGAGCACAGCCAGUACAUCUAGUAUGCUGUCUGAAUAACGCUUCAGUCUGUCUGUAAUCAUGUCAAUAUUUAGGAUUUUCUAAUGAUAGAAACCCUAGAGCACAUCUGGUUCAUGUCUAAGUAAGUUCCCGCUCCCAAGACAGGGACAUAAACAAGAACUGGGUCACAUACUCAUUUUUAUACCUCAGUGAUGCAAUAAUUUUAAGUUCUUAAAAUUUUCAAAUCAUCUUCAAACCUUACUGUGUAGUACUUCAGUGUUAUACGCUAAGUUUAGCUUUUUUACACCCUCCAGUGAAGACUUUUUGCUCCAAGACAAGGGAACACCAGAUGCAACAGAACACUUGUUAAAAAGUUACUUUAACUGUGGAGCCCUCUCCUGACUGUGCCAUAGCUGCUUCACUGUCUGUGUCUAGACAGUGAUGUUUUCAGGAUCAUAUUGGUGCUUUGGCUUUCCAAAGAAGAUAAAUGAGCAGAACUUGCACUUAAGGAAGCCUUUUGAAUGUUGAACAGGACUUGAAUUAAAAAAAACAAGUUAUUCUUGUGUGACUGGUCAACGUGUAACUAGUUCUGCUGUAACGGCAGUGGCAAUACAGUGUUUACAGGCAGACCAAAAACAGUUGGGCAUUAUCCUCAGAAUAUGUACAAUGUCAAAGGGAUCAAACACCGGUCUGCGUCUUCCUUUCUCCAUUACGAAAGGAUCCAACUUCCCUGUGUUUUGCCUUUAAAAAGUUGUUUGAAUACAGAAAAGCAUUGUUUGUCUACAAAAGGUGAAGUUCACAAAAUAAAACAUUUUUUAAAAAAGCUGUGUAUGGAGUUGUGCUCACUGCCCCCCCUGCUGCAUAGGAUGUGACCAAGGAGGAGAACAGUGUCAGGCCCUGCUGUAACCACCCCAUGCCUCAGGAGGAAGCAGAGCAGCAGCAGUGUUCCACUGCCCUCAUGGUUUCAUGAGAAGUGUAACAUCCUGUUACAACAGCUGUACUCUGCCCCUGACCAUUCAGAAUUCCUGACGG